GCCCGGCCGGGUUUCCCGCCAUCGGCGCCGGUUGGCGCGGUCACGUGAGCGGGCGGCGAAGAUGGCGACUCCCCCGAACGGCCCCGACUUGGAGACGUCCCUGCUGAGCUUCGAGAAGCUGGACCGCGCCUCCCCGGACCUGUGGCCCGAGCAGCUGCCAGGAGUGGCUGAAUUUGCGGCUUCCUUCAAAAGCCCCAUCACCACAUCCCCGCCCAAAUGGAUGGCUGAACUGGAGCACGAUGAUAUCGACAUGUUAAAAGAGCUGGGCAGCCUGACGACAGCUAACCUGAUGGAAAAGGUUCGAGGCCUGCAGAACCUGGCUUACCAACUGGGCCUGGAUGAGUCCAGAGAGAUGACCCGGGGGAAAUUCCUCAACAUCCUGGAGAAGCCGAAGAAGUAGCCGCCGAGCGCCCCGCGGGCCCGAGAGAAGUUCCGGCCGUUCGCGUUCUCGCCCGUCGAUGCCCAUCCGACCCCCACCCGGCUGCUUUCUCUGGAUGGAGUGAGCUUCCAGGAGAGAAUUUCCCCGGGCUUCCACGCUUAGGAUGUUAGGCGGAAGAACGGGAAUGGCACCGCCCCCGUCGUUCCAUUCGCUUUCCAGCUCUGCCCUCUCGUCCCCGGCCGCGGUUUCCCUGGGGAUUCAUCCAGGGGACGAAGACCUGCUGCUUCCUUUCUGGAAGUGACCCGGAUUCAAUAGGGAAACCUCACCCUCCCCUCUCCCCAGUAUCCCAACCGGUUGGGGUCCCGUUGAACGGAACCCCGGCCCGGCCGACGACGUCGGCCGACGUCUUGGCGAUCGGUAGCUAUUUCCCAGUGCGACUCGAUUCCGUAGGGAAAGUUAAUUCGGGGGCUCGGGGCGUAAUGAGACGAUCGGAGCAGGCCAGCUAGAGUCCGUACACGCCGUGGGUCACGGGAGGGCUGGUCGCUACCCUCUAACCCGCCAAGAAGUGACCCUUUAUAAGCAUUUCCCGUCACUUGAGAAGUCAGAGACUUCCAACCGUUCGCCUCCCUUCUGUGAAUUUCCCGAAACCCGGGGAGAGCGUUUGUUUUUUAGAGGGGGCCCUUGCCCAGGGGCACCUCAGGCCGUUACCAAGUGCCUUCGGAGAGUCAAAGCCACUUUGGGGGGUGACGGAGGACUCCCCCGCUUUUCCCUUCCGUAGCAGUUUUGGCCAAGGGGGCCCGGCCCAGGAAAGAUGGGAGAAAAUGACCGUGCGGUCAGAGAAGGGUCAGCUUUCAGUCGCCGAAGAGAGGCGGGAACCACAGGGGCGGGUGAGCCGUAGAUUUUAAAACGAGCCCGAGGUAGAGAAGAGCAGCUUAGAAAGCGUCCCCACUUGCCUUUAAGGAAGGGAGCGAGGCAGAGGGGAAGCGGGAGCAUCGGGGAUCACCAAGGUCGCCCUUCCUGUCAGGGCUGCAGCACCAUCGAAGGGGGCUUUGGGCCUCUUCCAUCUUCCCGACCGCACCGGGGUCCGUGCGAAGCGUGAUUAUGUGUAGAGCGUCCCACGGUGAGAAGCUUCAUUUCCACAGGCUCCCGUAGCCGGGUUCAAUUCUCCGGGGUGGAUAGACUUACUGAGCUAAGGGCUUUCUCCCAGUUUUCUCUGCAGAGUCCUUAUUUGACCAGUUUCUGGCCUUCAGGACUCUGAGAACUGUAGCGAGAGGGAUCACGGGGGCCGUAGCUUGUCCGCAUCUUGGUUCCCUCUCCUUUCAACGCGGGAAGAGCUUCGGACCUGCAGAGUUCUGUUAGCCGCGGGGGGAGAAAACGAAACAUAAGGAAAACCCUUCCACGGGCUUUGUCUCUUGGUAAGCGGUCUCUCAAAACAGAUGAGAACUCUUAGAGGACCACGCCUGAGGAAAAAGAAACUGGGAAACCAAGGGAAGCGUGAGGAACGGGAAGGGAAAACUGCCCCGUCGUUGCCGGUUAGAUUUGGCUUAGAGACGUAGUUUUUAAAAGUUUUUAGAAAGGCCUGCCUCACGGGAAGCGGCUGAUUUCUGAACGUGGGAGAGAAACAAGGCCAGACUUAUUUUUGGUUCCUUCUUCCUCGGUUGUUUCGGAGAGCUGAGAACUUUGGCCCAUUUUAAACGCCCGGGGAAAUCUGUCGUUGUAGGGAAAAGGCCAAUAAAAGGCCAAAAUAUUCCCCCAACUCCUGUCUUCAAUCCGCAAGCUAAAACUUGUAACCGAUAGGCCCCCUCAGCUGUCGAUCCCGUUUCUUUUACCAUUUCCCCUCCGUCAGGACUAAAUCUUCCUUUACAGUGCAACCCACAGACGCUUUAGAAUUACAGUAUUUAUUUAUUUUGCCCUUAGAGAUGUUAAUGAUGUAUUUUUAUACUGAUAAUAUAAUUGCACGUAUGCCUCGCCAGCGCGCGCGUGCACUUAGAGGAUUGCAAUCUGUAUAUCGUGGUCUCUGUGCUUGCAAUAAACCCGGUGUCGCGGUU